AUGGAGAGUGGUUCCAACAGCACUUCUUGUCCAAUGGCUUUUGCCGGGGAUAAUAGUGAUGGUCCGAUGUGUCCUAUGAUGAUGAUGAUGAUGCCCAUCAUGACAUCACAUCAACAUCAACAACAUCAUGGUCAUGAUCAACAUCAACAACAACAACAUGAUGGUUAUGCAUAUCAGUCACACCACCAACAAAGUGGUUCCCUUUUUCUUCAAUCACUAGCUCCUUCUUCUCGAGAAACUAAGAACAAAGUUGCCUCUUCUUCCUCUCCUUCUUCCUUUGCUCCUGCUUAUUCUCUCAUGGAGAUCCAUCAUCAAACCGACCUCGUUAAUGGAGGACUCAACCCUUGUUCUUCUUCCUCUUCUUCAGCCUCUGUCAAGGCCAAAAUCAUGGCUCAUCCUCACUACCACCGCCUCUUGGUCGCUUAUGUCAAUUGCCAGAAGGUGGGAGCUCCAGCGGAAGUGGCGGCAAGGCUGGAGGAGGCUUGCUCGUCUGCGGCGGCGGCUGCAGCGUCGAUGGGACCAGCAGGGUGUUUAGGUGAAGAUCCAGGGCUUGAUCAAUUCAUGGAAGCUUACUGUGAAAUGCUCGUUAAGUACGAGCAAGAGCUCUCUAAACCCUUCAAGGAAGCUAUGGUCUUCCUUCAACGCGUCGAGUGUCAAUUCAAAUCCCUCUCUCUCUCCUCUCCUUCCUCUUUCUCCGGUUAUGGAGAGACAGCUAUUGAUAGGAACAACAAUGGGUCAUCUGAGGAAGAAGUCGAUAUGAACAAUGAAUUUAUAGAUCCACAGGCCGAAGAUAGGGAGCUUAAAGGACAGCUUUUGCGCAAGUACAGUGGUUACUUAGGCAGCCUCAAGCAAGAAUUUAUGAAAAAAAGGAAGAAAGGAAAGCUCCCUAAAGAAGCUCGUCAACAACUGCUUGAUUGGUGGAGCCGACACUACAAAUGGCCUUACCCUUCGGAGCAACAGAAGCUGGCGCUGGCAGAAUCAACCGGGCUGGACCAGAAACAGAUAAACAAUUGGUUCAUAAACCAGAGGAAAAGGCAUUGGAAGCCAUCAGAGGAUAUGCAGUUUGUAGUAAUGGACGCAACACAUCCUCACCAUUACUUCAUGGACAAUGUCUUGGGCAAUCCUUUCCCCAUGGACAUCUCCUCCACCAUGCUUUGAUCGAUCCUUUUAUUUCAUUAUAUUUAUAAUCAUUAAACAGCUUAUAAUAUGUGUAAUCUAUGGUUUCUCGGUAUACUUAGGAACGUUACAUGUUCCGAUUGAUGAACAACUGUUUGAUGUUUUCCUCAAUUAUGAAUGAUAUGUGUUGUGUAACCUUUUGUAUUGUU